AUUUUGUAUUUUUCCACAACCAUAUUAGGUGAUUCAUAAAGAAGUUAUUAUGAAUUUGUCCGAUCUUGUUCAUCGAACUGCAGGAGACAAUAAAGUGUUGACAACAGCAAGUAAAACCUCAUGUAAUGUUCGAGGAAAUAAUAAUUUGUUUCAACAAGGUCCAUCUACAACAAAUAAUGGAAUGGAGCCCUCUUCCUUUUUAUUCAACAUGCCUAACGUAACUCCAUCUGAAUGGAUGAAAACCAAUUUAUUUUUCAACAACACUACUGACCUGGAAACCACACCUGGCUUUCCUUUCAACGAACCUGCUAAAGAUACGGCUCAAAAACCAUAUGCGACGCAAAAUAUUGUACCAUAUACCAAUGCGAAUUUUCAGCGAUUUGAUGCACCUGCUGUAAAGUCACCUCCCACAAAGUCACCUUCUACAAAGUCACCUUCCACAAAAUCACCUUGUUCCCCACCUCCCAUUGUUAAGAAACCGCCCGAAAAGACGACAAAAGUCACGAUUACAGGAGAUAACGUAUCUUGUGAUACGAUUGAGGACGGCUACAUACAAUUUGUAUUAGAACACGAUCCCAAUUACAUCAGUGAUGGUAUCGAAAGUCUAAUGUAUGCAAAACGGAAGUUCUCUUCUGUGCCAAAAACAGGUGAUUUAUCGUAUACCACAUGGGAUAUAUACCAACUUGUACUUAAAUUACACAAAAAAGAAAUAAAAAAUUGGUCUCAAUUAGUAGGACAAUUAGGAUUGGUAGAUAUGGCAGGCAGACCUCAAUUUGCUCAAAGAGUGAAACGAUGGAUGCAUCGAUACAAAAUAGACUCUUACUUCGAUUUUUUGCUUGGAAACAAGUAUUAUUUCAACGCACCUAGUGAAAAAUAUUCCAGCUGUCUAAUGAUGGGCAACUAUAAGAAACGAAGACCGAAUGUGGAACCCAAUAUUGAAUCCCAAUCAGACGAAGAAGAUUUCGUAUCCGAUGAACAUAGAAUACCCAUAUUGUUAGCGGGAAGUAGAAAGAGAAUGAGGGAUCACAGCCAAAAUAGUGUCCAACUCAUUGAAAACGCCAAACAGUUUCUGAGAACAAUUAAUACAGAUGAAUCAGAUGAUGAUGAACGAGUGACUGGUACUGAAGAAGAUUCGGAUGGGGAUAUUGCCAUGAUUGGACAUGAAGAAGAGGGAGAUAAUAAUGACGAGGGAGAAGAUGAAGUAGAUGAAGAAGAAGAGGAGGAGGAAGAGGAGGAGGAGGAUGAAUUGGCUUCUACUUCAUCAUCACCAGGCUCACCUACCAUCUUUGCAACAAGAGUACAUCCAAUUACAAUCAUAUCCAUGAAGAAAGAGACUAGUCGGCUAAAAGCUUACAUUGCCACUUUGGAAAGUACGAUACAGCAGCAAUCCUCGAUGAAUGACCAAAUGAAUAAAUUAUUAAGGCAGAAAGCUCGCAGUGAAAGAUGGAGAAAGCAGUUGAUCGAAGAUAUAACCAGAGGCCCUUCGCUUACUGACGAAGAAGACGAAGACGAGUUUUCAGAUGGCCAGGCUUGAUUCUACACAAAUACACAUUCACUCACACUCACACUUUUCUCAUUUUGUAUUAUACUAAUUGUAAAUUUUUUUACCCCCCGCGCAUUACACAUAACUCAUAUAUUAAAAAUAAAAAAAUACCUGG